AUGAUCGCUCUCAUAUCUAUCAUUAGUUUAAUAGCCUGUAUCCUAGACGUGGUGACCAAUGAAACGUGCACGCAAUGUCCUGCGAGCUGCGCCAUGAUUGUUUCAUACGUGGAGUGCGCCAAACAGCUACUCAUCACACUGUUUCAGAUGGCUAACCUAUUGUUACUGCUGGCUUCUAUUGUUGAAAGUGCAGUCCUAGUGCAACUAUACGUGUGGUACACCCUGGCGUUCGUGAUCAUGGGUUUGGUGGUGAACGUCGUGGACUUUCUGCUGAAGUACAAGACGCAAGGCAACUCUUGCAUCGUCGGGUUCGUCACUGAAGUCUGCUUCUUAUUUGUAAUAUUUCGUUGCUUGCCUCUCGUGGAUACUUACAGAAAGCACAUCGGCGGCGAGUCUUCUAUAACAUCAUAG